AUGCGUCGCCUUUUAUCGUUAGCACUGAUAGCCUUAUCCUCCACACAGGCUGUUUACGCAUCAAUCAAUGCGAGAGCCACGGCUAGUAUCCCUCAAUAUGUCCUCGAAUACGCUCCACUGGUCUGGCUCCACAGUCAGGAAACAUACAUGCCAAGUGACAUACAACAGCAACUCGAUCACACGAAACCGACCGUUAACUGGACAGUUGUUGCAGGAGCCCAAUCUCCUCUAGACCUCGAUAAUCUUGACUCACUUAACAGCUUGGGCAAUACAAGUGUUUACUUGACUUCGUCCGAGGGCAUCGAUGCUAGCCCGGAGCCAGCUUGGUUCAGAGGUAUCACCCCGGACUUGGAGGGGCGGAUUGGUGACGGUACUGGGAGUGCUAUUGUUGUUGUAGACCGUGGUAAUGGGACUGUUGAUGCAUUUUAUUUUUACUUCUAUGCGUAUAACAAAGGUGAUAAAGUACUCGGCAUGGAGUUUGGAGAUCAUAUUGGAGACUGGGAACACAACAUGAUCCGCUUUGUCAACGGCACUCCCACAGCAAUCUGGUAUAGCCAACAUGCCAGCGGCCAGGCAUUCACCUACCACGCCGUCGAGAAAGAAGGCAAACGGCCAUAUUCCUACUCCGGGAAUGGAACACAUGCCAACUACGCCACAACAGGCCAACACGACCACACAAUCCCAGGAAUAAACUUCCCAACAGGCUUCCUACUAGACUACACAGACCGCGGCGUGCUCUGGGACCCAACACUUAACGCCUACACAUACACCUACAACCCGAUAACGGCAAUCUUCACGGCUACGGCCGGUGACCCAGUCGCAUGGCUAGAUUUCAAUGGAAAGUGGGGAGAUGAUCAGCCGCCGAAUGAACCCUCCAUCUUUGGUGAGGCGAAAUAUGUUGCUGGUCCCAAUGGGCCGAAGUUCAAGAGCCUAGAUCGGAAGAUGGUGUGUCCGUCUAAACCGUGUAUUGUUUUGCCUUUUAGGAUUUGGUCUGGGAAUACGACUUCGUGA